AACGCGUACUGCGUACAAAAAGUGAGGAAUGAUGCUUUUUUGGGUGAGUGAGGUGAGGACCAUCCCAACCCAAAAGGAAAAGCAAAGCAUAAAUUGAAAGAAAGCAUAGGCUGCUUCUGUUUUAUUUAUUUUUUUUCUUUCCACCUCAGAACUCAGAACUGAGAACCUGAAAAUCUCAUAAAUCACAGCAAUCUCCCCACAAACACAUUCCUGAUGGGGCACUGCUUCAGCAAACCCCGCAACAACCAAAUACCAAUCACCUUUGAAUCACCACCACCUCGUAGAACCCAAAACCAACACCAUGAGCAUCAACCUCGUUACCCUUACCGUGUUCCAAACUCAGACCCUUCGCCUUCCACGGCGAGGCAAUCAUCAUUGGGUCCUCAAAUAUUGGACAAACCAUACUUCGACGUCAAAGCGCUUUACACGCUGGAGAAAGAACUCGGAAGGGGUCAAUUUGGAAUCACUAGUCUUUGCACGGAGAAGACCACGGGAAGGAAAUACGCCUGCAAGUCCAUUCCAAAGCGGAAGCUAACUCGAAAGAAGCAAAUCGACGAUGUUAAGAGGGAAAUUCUGAUCCUUCAACACCUCUCGGGGCAACCCAACAUCGUUGAGUUCAAGGGUGCUUAUGAGGACUGGCAGAACGUGCAUUUGGUGAUGGAGCUGUGUUUGGGGGGUGAGCUUUUCGAUCGCAUCACUACCAAGGGUAGUUACUCGGAGAGUGAAGCUGCUUCCAUUUUCAGGCAAAUCGUCAAUGUCGUUCAUGCUUGCCACUUCAUGGGGGUCAUGCAUAGGGACCUCAAACCAGAAAAUUUCUUGCUUGCUAGUAAGCAUCCUCAAGCACCUUUGAAAGCCACUGAUUUUGGAUUGUCCGUCUUCAUUGAAGAAGGUAAAGUGUAUAAAGAAAUUGUUGGAAGUGCAUACUACGUGGCCCCAGAGGUGUUAAAACGGAAUUAUGGAAAGGAGAUAGAUGUGUGGAGCGCAGGAAUCAUUUUAUACAUCCUUCUAAGUGGGGUGCCUCCAUUUUGGGCUGAGAACGAGAAAGGCAUAUUUGAUUCUAUUUUGGGAGGCAAGCUUGACCUGGAGAGCGCACCAUGGCCUUCUAUUUCAGCUGCUGCAAAAGAUUUGAUCAGGAAAAUGUUGAAUUAUGACCCUAAGAAGCGCAUUACAGCUGCUGAAGCCCUUGAACACCCGUGGAUGAAGGAAGGUGGUGAAGCAUCUGACAAGCCUAUAGACAAUGCUGUUUUAACUAGGAUGAAACAGUUUAGAGCUAUGAACAAAAUGAAGAAACUUGCUUUAAAGGUUAUAGCAGAAAACCUUUCAGAGGAGGAAAUCAAGGGCUUGAAACAAAUGUUCAACAAUAUGGAUACUGAUCGCAGUGGCACAAUCACAUACGAGGAACUCAAAUCUGGAUUGACCAAAUUGGGAUCCAAGCUUAGUGAAUAUGAAAUACAACAGCUAAUGGAUGCUGCUGAUGUUGACAAGAGUGGAACUAUUGAUUAUCAAGAGUUCAUCACAGCCACUAUAAACCGACACAAACUUGAGAAGGAAGAGCAUUUGUAUAAGGCUUUUCAAUAUUUUGAUCAGGAUAAUAGCGGAUAUAUAACAAGAGAUGAGCUUAGACAUGCUUUGACUGAAUAUCAUAUGGGAGAUGAAGCAACUAUAGAUGAAGUCAUCGAUGAUGUUGACACUGAUAACGACGGGAGAAUUAAUUACCAGGAAUUUGUUGCUAUGAUGAGAAAGGGUAUCCUGGAUAUUGAUGAGAAAGAGAAACAACGAUAAUUAUGUGAUGCAUUGACAUGAAGACAAAGUGGUUUCUGGUUUUUUCUUGCUGUUUUCUGCUGAGGAUUGAAUCACUCCUGAAUUUGUUAACGUGUGUACUCCAUGUAAAAUUUUAUGGCAUUCCAAAUGUCAAACUUUGUAUAGCUGUUUCAAAUAAACUACAAUAUGUGAAAAAUAAAUAAAACUGUAAUUCCAAGACAUUCUUACACUA